UUCUUCUCUUCUAAUACCAAUUCAAUCAUUCAAUUUCAUCUCUAUCCCUCUUUUUCCUUCUCUUUUGGCAUUCAAGCAAGAUGAACAACCUUCUCACGGACUCUUUUGUGAUGAGUAUGGACGAGCAGAGUCCAAGAGAAAGGAGCAUUGAACUAGGAACUCAUAUUCCAAUAAAUAAAUCAGAUUAUGGAAUGGAGGAUUUCUUUAAGAAGGUAAACGAAGUUGAAAAGCUGAUGGAAAAGGUCUCUAAGCAACUACAAAAGCUUCAGGAUGCCAAUGAAGAGUCUAAGUCAGUCACUAAAGCUUCUGCAAUGAAAGUGAUCAAGCAGAGAAUGGAGAAAGAUGUUGAUGAAGUAGGAAAAAUUGCAAGAAACAUCAAAACAAAACUCGAAGAAAUAGACAGAGAUAACUUAGCAAACAGGCAAAAGACUGGUUGUGAGAAGGGUACAGGAGUGGACAGGUCUAGGACUGCAAUGACAGUUUCUUUGAAGAAGAAAUUGAAGGAAAGAGUGAAUGAUUUUCAGAAACUGCGCGAAACCAUUCAAAAUGAAUACAGAGAGGUGGUUGAGAGGAGAGUCUAUACAGUCACCGGCAAUCAACCUACUGAUGAGAUGAUUGAUGAUCUGAUUGAGACUGGAAAUAGUGAGCGGAUUCUGCAAAAGGCAAUUCAAGAAAUGGGAAGAGGACAGGUGAUGGAUACAUUGAAAGAGAUUCAAGAAAGGCAUGAUACUGUCAAGGAAAUUGAAAAGAAACUUCUUGAACUCCAUCAAGUUUUCAUGGACAUGGCAGUCCUUGUUGAGGCUCAAGGAGAGAUGUUGGAUAACAUUGAAACCCAGGUGGCCAAUGCAGUGAACCAUGUACAAUCAGGGAAUGAAGCACUCCACACAGCAAAGAGUCUGCAGAAAAAAUCAAGAAAAUGCAUGCUGAUUGCUGCAUUUAUCCUGCUGAUAAUCGCCAUUAUCAUUGCACUCUCAAUCAUCAAACCAUGGAAGUGAUGAUACACAUCUAGUUUUUUUCCAAAUUUGUAAUACUGUUUGUGCAACAAACUUGAACUUACAGAACAGAUGAAGAAGGCUUAGUAUAAAAAAUAAUAAG